CAGAACUGAGUCUUCCUCGUCCAUAUGGCCCGGAACAGGAGAGUACUUCGUAGGAUCGGUUCGUGAGGCGUUCUGUCAUACGGCGUCCCUAUAUCGGUCUAAAUACCGGGCCGUUUCAAGUGAAGAUGUCAUGUCUGAUCCUAUUGUCUUUCCCAUCCCCCUUUACAGACCCACGAUGGAGAGUGUAGAAGAAGCCUGGAGGAGAGGGGAUUCGCGCAGCGUAUAUAAAGCAGAUGGCAAGCCAUGGAUCAAAGAAGCGUUUUCAAGAUGCUUAUACAGCCAGCGAAACGGUUCUAGAGCUGCACAAAUAUCUUAUCUCUAUCUAAGAAAUCGCAAAUAUGAAGUCCACCACGCUCGCAACAUUAUGCUCGCUCAUAGCCAUAUCGACGGCUGACGCAGCAUCGCAUCUGUCCAAGCACGAAAGCAGCCGCAGCAGCUUCAUCCAUCCGGGCCUCCUCCACACUUCGUCGGACUUCUCGCGAAUCAUCGACAAAGUCUCUAGCAAGGCCGAACCAUGGCUAACAGGCUGGUACAAGCUCACGAACAGCUCCUAUAUCAACCUGGACUACACUCCAUCCCCGAAGACCAUCGUCUACCGUGGUUCAGACGGUACACACUCCCAGAAUUACCCUUCAUUGUAUAGGGACAUCGCCGCCGGCUAUACCAUGGCCAUAUACUGGAAAGUCACUGGAAACACAAGCUACGCAGACAAGGUCGUCACAAUCCUGGACGACUGGGCCUCAACGCUGACCGGCAUAACCGGCUCGACGGAUGCGGACCUCGCCGCCGGGAUCUAUGGCUACGAAUUCGCCAACGUGGCGGAGUUGAUGCGCGACUACUCCGGCUGGCCUGCCGCGAACCUGACCCGGUUCACUGACAUGAUGGUCGACGUCUUCUACCCCAUCAACCACGACUUCCUCGUCCGCCACAAUGACGCCGCCGUUGAUCACUACUGGGCCAACUGGGAUCUGUGCAACAUUGCCUCGGUGCUCUCCAUCGGGGUUCUGUCCGAUAAUGCUACGAUGUACGAUGAAGGAAUCACAUACUUCAAGAGCGGCGCGGGGAACGGACAGAUCGAAAAAACGAUCUGGAAGCUGUAUGAUGUGGACGGGGAGACCUUGGGUCAGGGCCAGGAAGCAGGCCGUGAUCAGGGUCAUUCCAUGCUGGACUUCGCCCUGCUCGGCGCCAUCGCGCAGACGGCGUACAAUCAGGGCGAUGACUUGUUUGGGUAUCUAGAUAAUCGCAUUUUGGCUGGCGCUGAAUAUGUGGCGAAAUACAACCUUGGCUACGACGUGCCCUACACAAAUUACACCAAUAGCGAUGUGACGCAGACAGUCAUCAGUGACAACAGUCGUGGGGAUAUUCGACCCAUUUGGGAGCUAUUGUACAACCACUAUGGGCUGCUGAAGGGGUUGAACGUGACCUACACGAAGGAGUAUCGGGACUUGGUCGUCAAAGACGGUUCUGGCGCUGAGGGUGGUGGCGGCGAUUAUGGCAGUACAAGCGGUGGCUAUGAUCAGCUGGGCUACGGGACAUUGUUGUACACACUUCAGUAGAUCUGCUGCUCUUAGGCCCAUCAUUUGGAAGAUAUCCUUCACCGCAAAAGGGUUGUCCCAUUGCCGCAUAGUAUGCUUUGCCCUUUGCCAAAUAUAUAAACCCGUAAGCCACCAGGCGUUCUUCUGUGUACUGAAAGACACUCCGUGGCUUCCAAGUACUUCAUGGCUCUCUUGAUGAAAGCAUUUACAUAUCUGUUCAAGAAAUCCUCCCUGUAAAAAAUCUCUCUGUGCUGUAAAUGC